CCGCCCCGGUCCCUGACGCCACCCCCCCGGGUAUGGCCGGCCUUGCCCUUGGGCGCUGUGGCCGGCACUGGACCUGCCCGCUGCGCCCCAGGGGGCCGCGCUCCGAAGCCUGGCACUUUGACCCGAAGGACCGGGUGGGGGCAGCGGGCCGAGGCCUGGCACCCAGGCGAGAGAUAGAGACAGACUUUCAUCAACAUAGGGCGACUUAAUGGAGAGAGCACUACAGAUUCCCGGGAGGAGAGGGGCCAGUCUUCUCAGCAACGGCCACUCGCACACCUCCUCUCCCCAUUUGCACAAGGACUCGUUUCAAGAAGGCUGCUCCGUACAUAGUCAGCUUGCUUGUGGCAGAAUGAAGCUGUGGUCCCCAUCGUCAGGGGCCCAGGCCGAGGCCAGAGCUACGGGCUGUAUGCUCCAGGCCUCAAUGAAGAGCCCAAACAUGGAGACGUUCAAGCAGCAGAAGGUGGAGGACUUUUAUGACAUCGGAGAGGAGCUGGGGAGCGGCCAGUUUGCCAUUGUGAAGAAGUGCCGAGAGAAGAGCACGGGGCUGGAGUACGCGGCCAAAUUCAUCAAAAAGCGGCAGAGCAGGGCCAGCCGGCGGGGCGUGUCCCGGGAGGAGAUCGAGCGGGAGGUGAGCAUCCUGCGGCAGGUGCUGCACCCCAACGUCAUCACGCUGCAUGACGUCUUUGAGAACCGAACCGACGUGGUGCUCAUCCUCGAGCUAGUGUCGGGAGGAGAGCUCUUCGACUUCCUGGCCCAGAAGGAGUCGCUGAGUGAGGAGGAGGCUACCAGCUUCAUCAAGCAGAUCCUGGACGGUGUGAACUACCUUCAUGCCAAGAAAAUUGCUCACUUUGAUCUCAAGCCAGAAAACAUUAUGUUGUUAGACAAGAAUAUUCCCAUUCCACACAUCAAGCUGAUUGACUUUGGCCUGGCUCAUGAAAUAGAAGAUGGAGUUGAAUUUAAGAAUAUUUUUGGGACGCCAGAAUUUGUUGCUCCAGAAAUUGUGAACUACGAGCCCCUGGGCCUGGAGGCUGACAUGUGGAGUAUAGGCGUCAUCACCUACAUCCUCCUAAGUGGAGCAUCCCCUUUCCUGGGAGACACAAAGCAAGAAACGCUAGCAAAUAUCACAGCAGUGAGUUACGACUUUGAUGAAGAAUUCUUCAGCCAGACCAGCGAGCUAGCCAAGGACUUCAUCCGGAAGCUUCUGGUGAAAGAGACCCGGAAACGGCUCACAAUCGAAGAGGCUCUCAGACACCCCUGGAUCACGCCGGUGGACAACCAGCAAGCCCUGGUCCGCAGGGAGUCUGUGGUCAACCUGGAGAAUUUCAAGAAGCAGUAUGUCCGCAGGCGAUGGAAGCUCUCCUUCAGCAUCGUCUCCUUGUGUAACCACCUCACCCGCUCCCUGAUGAAGAAGGUGCACCUGAGGCCGGAUGAGGACCUGAGGAAUUGUGAGAGUGACACAGAGGAGGACAUCGCCAAGAGGAAAGCUCUCCACCCUCGGAGGAGAAGCAGUACCUCCUAGCUGGCCCGGCUCUCUCCUUGCAGACUCUGGGUCUCCGCUUGUCACCAGCACCUAGGCAUUCUGCAUCCCUGAAGACUUUGCAAGACAGAUGGGCCUGCAGGGCUCAGAAGAAUUUCCAGGGGAGCCGGGAGCCCCUGGGAGCGGUGGCUGUCUCCUAUGAAGGAGGCUCCAGCAUUCCCAAAGCUCCUAUUCUCCAGAAAAUGGCUUUCGCCUGUCUGCCGACCUCAGAACCUGGGCUGAGGUGUGGACUUGAGAAAAUGAUGCAAAUGAACGUCAUCAUCAUGGGGGAAGGUCAGACUCAGGCAGGUUUUUCUCACAGGAUGAGGGAGUUCAGAGCUAGCCUGGUCAAAAAUUACACCAGAAAGACAGAGGCCUCCCCCAUGGGAGCAAGACAAGUGAGUGAAGUGAAUCUUAGGGUGUGAGGGACCAAUCUUGUGACUUCCCAGAACCCACAUGGAAUCAGCCUGUUGGGCAGACCAACAUAUUUGACCUUCUAAAGCAGCCCACUGUAUUGUAAUUUUUUAAAAAUUUUUAUUAAACUUCUGGUUUUACCUGGUGCUUGGCUUCUUUUAGGGCUAUCCCCAUCUGGUUUUCUUUAGCUCAGGUGCCUAUGAGUCUGGGGGAGCCCCCAAGGUUGGGGUGCUGAGUGGACAGUACCUCAGAAGGUCACACUGAACCAUGCCCUCUGGACUAUAGGGCACCUGCCUUCUAUAUCCUUCCUUAAGGGUUUCCAUCCCCCCAGAUCAUUGCAGAUACAGCAUAUAAUGCCUGCACCACCUCUGCCACUACUCCUAUCACUACUGCUGAUACGGGCUUGAUUGUGUCUCCCAACCUCUAGUACCACAGAAUAUGACUGUAUUUGGGGAGAGGAUCUUAAAGAGGUAAUUCAGUUAAAAUGAGGUCAUUGGGAUGGGGCCUGGUCCAAUGUGCUGGUGUCCUUACAAGAGGAAGAGACUAGGACAUCAGAGAAAGACAAUGUAACAACAGAGGGAGAAGGCAGCCAGCUACAAGGUAAGGAGAGGGGCCUCAGAAGAAAAUAACCCUGCCAAUACCUCGAUCUCAGACUAAGGGCCUCAAAAGCUAUGAGAAAAUAAAUUUCUGUUGUUUAAGCCA